CAGGCUCACAGCAAGGUUAAUCUCUGCUCUGAUUCUGCCCAGACUGCCUGUCUGGAUUAAGACAUUCUAGCAGCAGUUGAAGAAGUUCUGUUUCAGAUAAAAUUACAGGUCUCAGACAAGAUGAGUGCCACCCCACCUACCAGUUUUUCCACGAUUCAGCCGACUAUCUCUGAAGGUCAGAUUCCCUCGUUUCGGCAUGUAAGCGUCACUCAACCUGUUGUGGCCAAACGGAUCAGCUUUUACAAGAGUGGAGACCCCCAAUUCGGCAGCGUCAGGGUGGUGGUCAACCCUCGUUCCUUUAAGACCUUUGACUCUUUGCUGGACAACUUGUCCAGAAAAGUGCCCCUACCUUUCGGGGUGAGGAACAUCAGCACCCCUCGGGGAAGGCACAGCAUCACAAGCUUGGAGGAACUGGAGGACGGAGAGUCGUACCUGUGUUCCUAUGGUAAGAAGGUACAACCGGUGGACCUGGACAAAGCCAGGCGGCGCCCCAAGCCCUGGCUCAGCAGCCGGGCUCUCACCGCGCACGCGCCCCACCGCCCUGCCGCCACGGCUGCUUCCGGCAUGCUCCGCGGCCCGCGGAGGCUCAUGGUCUUCCGGAAUGGGGACCCGAGGACAAGGCGGACGAUCCUUCUGAGCAAGAGGGUCACCCAGAGUUUCGAGGGCUUUCUUCAGCACCUGACGGCUGUCAUGCAGUUCUCGGUGACCAAGCUGUACGCCACAGACGGAAGGAAGGUACCCAGUCUCCAGGCAGUGAUCCUGAGCUCUGGAGCUGUGGUGGCAGCAGGAAGGGAGCCAUUUAAACCAGGGAACUAUGACGUCCAGAAGUACCUGCUUCCUGCUAAAUUACCAGGGAUCUCUCAUCGUGUACACCGAAAGGGAAAUGCUAAGUCAGAAAGCAAAAAGGGUGGUAACUGGAAAAUUUCCAUAAUCACCAGUGACUUGCCAAAUGCAGGAACUAGCUCACAGAUUUAUAUUGUAAUGUAUGGAAAACAUAGAAGUUCAGCUCCCAUAUAUCUUUAUGGAACAGAUGGGGAUCGAUUUCAGAAUGGCUAUGAAGACACUUUUACUAUCAGAGUUGGAAACAUUGGAACACUCUUCAAGAUUCGUAUUGGACAUACCAAUUCUGGACUCUCCCCAUCCUGGCACUGUAAGGAGAUAAAAUUGCAGAACAUGAAUUCUGGAGAAGAGUUUCAUAUACCGGUUCAGCGCUGGCUGGCCCGAGAUCAAGAGGAUGAGGAAAUCUGUCGGGAAUUUCCUGUUUUAAAUAAAGGGCAAUCCAUCCUUCCAGUGACUGUAUAUGAAGUCUGCGUGGCAACAGGUGAGCUGUGGAAUGCUGGAACCUUAGCACAUGUCUACAUCUGUAUGUAUGGUGAAAAGGGAGAUACAGGCUCCAGACAGCUAUUUAGAUCGACGAGCUCCUGUAAUUUUUUAAGAGGACAAACUGAUAUCUUCUUCCUGGAAGCUGUGCACCUUGGAGAUAUAUACAAGCUUGUUAUAGGCCAUGAUGGACUUAGACCAGGAAAUGGUUGGUUUCUUGAGGAUGUGGUGGUCAAGGAUCCUACAACACGCUGUGAAUAUACCUUCUUCUGUCAUAGAUGGCUGGAUCAAGGUGAAGAUGAUGGUACAAUUGUCAGAGAACUGUAUGCCGGGGAUCAUAGUAUCGACUCAGCAAGGCAGAAACUAGACUAUAAGAGAAAAGAAACGUGGGCUACAGAAAAAUGGAAGCUUAUGAAAGGAAAUACUCUUCAGUUUUACAGUAGACAAACUGGAGGGUUUGUCCGUCUACAUCCAGAUGGCAGCGUUGAUGCUGUUGGAGAGGAGGCAGACAAAUAUGGUCUCUUUGAUGUUACUUUCAACAAAGGAAAUAUAUGUAUUUUCCAAAGUCAUGAGGUGAAGCAUCUUUCUCUUGGUCUUGAUAAUGGCUUUGUUACUGGGAUGGCUAGUGGUGGAGCUGCCACUAAACUACGGGUGCUUUAUCAGCCCAAUCGCUGUGCACUGCUUGAAUCAGCAAGGGUUCCUGGUCACACAGUUAUUUUUGAUCAUCAUGGCAUAGCUGGUGACUCAGCAGCAGGCUAUGCAGACUUUUCAAAAGAAUUUGUGAUUUUUGUCAAGGGAGUGUUCCUCAACACUGCUGUGAUCCUGCUUGCCACCAGCCUGUGCCAGGCCCUGUGUCUCCACCCUGAUGGGAGCUGCAGUGGACUGGGAAAUCACUCUGAAAAAUCAUACUGGAGAGUGCAUAAAAUCAGCUCGGGGAUUUGCAUGUUUGAAAGUGUGACAAGUACCCAGAUGUAUCUGAGAAUUAAGGAUGGCCAGUGUGAUGGAACAGGUACAGGAGAUGUUGACUGUCAUUUUAAAAUUAAGAAGAACUUGGAAAAUGCAUCCGUAAGUCUGGAAUCUACAAGGAACCCAGGGAUGUUUGUUGGACUUCAGUCAGAUGGACGGGCAAGACCAGUUAUUUAUACCAAGGAUGAGAAUGUUUACUUCUAUCCACGAGUCAUCCAAUCUGGCAGAGAAAAUCCCAUGGGAAUGUCUGCAACACCCAGCCAAGGGGAAGAAAAGACCUGUGAGCUGAAAAAACAGAGAGAAAUGCCACCAGCACCUGAAGCCGUGGCUCCCUUGCUGUCCUCAGCUAGAGAAGAAAUCAGACGAUCCCAAAGCAGUGAGAGUCUUCUGCCAGAAGAUGAAUGGAAGGUGUUGGUGCUGACAGGAAAUACAGGGACUCAAGCCAAUGUCACUCUCUGGGUGUAUGGAGACGAAGGAGUCACUGGACCGAUAAGUCUUAGCAAGGACAGCCCAGAGCAGCUCUUCCUUCCAAGACAGGAGGAUGAGUUUCAGGUUGAAGUAGGAAGCAUUGGAAAGAUAUAUAAGAUUAGAAUAGGACAUGAUGGAACCAGUGAGCAACCCGAAUGGAGCCUGCAGAAGGUGACUAUGCAACACAUGAGGAGCAAGAAGAUUCUAGAUUUUGCAGCAAAUGCCUGGCUUUCUCGAAUUCAAACAGAUGGGGACAUUGUCUGUGAGCUUCCUGUAGUUAAAGAAGGACAAGCCAUUUUCCCAUUAGUGAAAUACCAGGUUGAUGUUUACACCGGACCACUAAAGCAAUCAGAAACAGAGUCUGAGGUUUUGCUAUGUCUCUUUGGGGACAGAGGAGACUCUGGCCUUAGACUGCUACACAAAUCUAACAUGCCAGUCAAGUUUCAAAGAGGACAGAUUGAUAGAUUUCAAGUCGCAGCAGUGUCUCUUGGGAAACUGCAGAAGGUGCUGUUGCGCUGUGAGGCCCGUGAUGAAUCUCAGUAUUGGUACUGUGAAAAGGUGGUUGUCAGAGAGCCUCAUUCCGCAACUGAGUCCAUCUUCACCUGUCAAAGAUGGCUUCCCUUCAUGUCUCAAGGCAUAAUCCAUUCAGAAAUUGAACUUUAUCUUCAAGAAAUGCAAAUAAAUAAUGAACCUACAGUACAAGAAGAAACAAAUGAAGGAGACUGGAAGGUAACUGUUGUUACUGGAGAUUUUGAAAAUGCCGGCACCACGGCAACAGUGUCUAUUUACGUCUAUGGAGAAAUGAGAUGUUCGGGUCCUAUUAUUUUGGGAUCUGGGAAACAUCAGCUGUUUAACCCCAACAGUGCAGAUAUAUUCAAGAUAAGUCUUAAAGAUCUUGGUGAAAUCUAUAAGAUAUGCAUUGGACAUGACAAUGGUGGGAAGGAUCCCAGCUGGUAUCUGGAAGAGAUCAGACUGGAAAGCAUGGACAGCCAUGAGCUAUUUUGUUUGUCUGUUGAUGCCUGGAUAGCUGAGAAUGAUGAUGAUGGAGAUACAUGGAAAGAAGUGCCCAUUAUGAGAGCUAAGAGACAGCCUUUACCAGUGGUGGCUUAUGAGAUUUACACAUACACUGGCACAAAGCCAGGUGCAGGAACAGAGUCUAACGUAUUUAUCAACCUCAUUGGUACCAGAGGGGACUCUGGGAGACGAAGGCUUCAUCAAUCCAAGAACAACAAGGUCAAGUUUCUGCGUGGACAGGUUGAUAUUUUUUCCAUUAAGGCUGUGUCUCUUGGGAAAUUGAAGAAAGUUCUGAUCAGUCAUGAUGGGACAGGUCCAGGUAAUGGAUGGUUCCUGGAGUGUGUUGUUGUAAAAUUUGAAGAGGAAGAUGGCAGUCAAGAGGUUCUGUUUCCUUGUGACAGAUGGCUGGAUGAGUACCAAGACGAUGGCCAGACAGAGCGGGAGCUCCUAGCAGAUCUAGCCAUGAUGCAGGAUUAGAGACCGACCCUGUGGCCUCCUGAAAGAGUUCCUUGGGGCUGUGGCUGCACUGUGAUGCAAAAAGCUAUUGAUUUGAUCCUAGAGGUGUAUUUACUGUUUACUUGGAGCAGUGCACACACCUGGGGAGGAUCAGACUGUGCUGGAAAUGUGUCCUGCUUCUGAGAACUUCCUGAAUUGGAAAGUAGUUUGUGAACA